GGGGGAGGAGGCGUGAACACCGGCAUCAUGGUCCCCGGUUUGCUCGCGCAGGAACAUGUGCGCGCGGACACCGGCGGACUCGACGACGUCGCGGGGGGCCGGAAGACCCCGGAGCCGGGGGGAGCGUCCGAUCCGACGUACGCGGCGGCGCCGACGGGCGGGGCCGGGGAGGCGGAGGCCGAGCGGGAGAAGGAGCUGCCGCCGGAUGAGAGCGAGGCGAUGCUGCCCCGCGCGGGAGGAGCGGAGCCGGAGACCGGGCUGUCCCGGCGCCGCUUCGCCGUGCUGGCGGUGUUCAGCCUGUCGUCGCUGGUCAACGCCUUCCAGUGGAUCCAGUACGGCAUCAUCGCCAACGUGUUCGCGCGCUUCUACGGCGUGACCAACGACAAGGUGGACUGGCUGUCCAUCGUCUACAUGGCGGUCUACGUGCCGCUCAUCUUCCCGGCCACCUGGCUGCUGGACCGCAGGGGGCUGCGGCUCACGGCCCUGCUGGGCGCCGGACUCAACUGCGCAGGCGCGUGGCUGAAGUGCGCGAGCGCCGGGCCCGCGCGGUUCGCGGUGACCGUGGGCGCGCAGGUGAUCUGCUCCGUGGCGCAGGUGUUCAUCCUCGGCCUGCCCUCGCGCAUCGCCUCGGUGUGGUUCGGCCCCCGCGAGGUCUCCACCGCGUGCGCCACGGCCGUGCUGGGCAACCAGUUAGGAACAGCCAUUGGCUUCCUGUUGCCCCCGGUGUUGGUUCCCAACACGCCCGACAACAUCGAACUCACGGGCCACAACAUCAGCGUCAUGUUCUACGGCACCGCCGCCGUCUCCACCGCCCUGUUCAUCCUCACCGUGAUCGUGAUCAAGGACCGCCCUCUGCUCCCCCCCAGCCACGCCCAGGCCGUCCUGCCCAGCUCCCCCGCUGAGGAUUACUCCUACAAGCGCUCCAUCGUCAACCUGAUGAGGAACAAGGCGUUCGUGCUGCUGCUAGUGAGCUACGGCAUCAUGACGGGUUCCUUCUACUCCGUCUCCACCCUCCUCAACCAGAUGAUCAUGGACUGCUACAAGGACCAGGACCAGGAGCUGAACGCGGGGAGGAUCGGCCUGACGCUGGUGGUGGCCGGAAUGGUCGGCUCCAUCCUGUGCGGCGUGUGGCUGGACCACACCAAGAUGUACAAGAUGACGACGCUGAUCGUGUACAUUCUGUCCUUCCUGGGCAUGCUGGUCUUCACCUUCACCUUGAACCUCAACAUCCUGCUGGUCUUCUUCACGGCUGGAGCUCUGGGGUUCUUCAUGACGGGCUACCUGCCUCUGGGCUUUGAGUUCGGGGUGGAGAUCACCUACCCGGAGUCGGAGGGCACGUCCUCGGGCCUCCUCAAUGCCUUCGCUCAGAUCUUUGGGAUCAUUUUCACUCUGAUUCAGGGCAAACUGAUAACAAACCACAACCCGAGGGUUGGAAACCUCUUCCUCUGCGCCUGGAUCUUCCUGGGAAUACUGCUCACGGCUUUCAUUAAGUCAGAACUGAAAAGAAACAACGUCAACAUGGAGGUGAAUGACAACCACUUGAAAGCACUUCCCGCUGAGUGUCCCGAGGACGCCGCCCCAGAGAAGCAGACCAACGGCGUCAAACUGGAGCCCUCGAUCAGCUUCUCAAGGGAAACCUCGCUGUGACGCCGGGACGUCUCCCCGCCGGGACUCCUCAUUGCGGUUUGUUCGCCAAGUCCACUCAAGCACAGACACCCGCCCCCCCCAUAGUGGAUUCAAGGCGGGCCCAAACCCCCCCCCCCCAAACACUUGAAAGGAAUCAAUCAGGCAUCCAGAAGAAGCUGCACAUGGCCGUCUGCAGUUCAGAGGAAGGACUCCAGGGGGCGCGUUGCCUCAUGUGUGGUGUCUCCAUAAGGAACCUCCCACAAACCCUGCAGGCUCCUCUGGACUCUACUUGAAUUGGACCGAGCGCAGAAAGGUGAUCUGAGCCUCCGACUGGACGAGUCCACACAAACUGCUCUUUGUCCGUGUUAAUCCUCAUGAAUGUAUGACAGCGAGUCCUCCGGAAGCCUCUGAGGUUCCUUCAGAAAGGUCAGCGUCACCCAGUGGGCAACAAGGAGAAGGACAAUAGAGCUCAGCAACAGACGCUUCCUCAUUAAACCAGUGCUUGCAUGAAGCUUUAACCCUUUAGUACUAAAAGUUUAGUUUUUUUUUCUCCAUUUGUUUGAAUAAAAGUGAGAAGCUUUAUGCAACAUUAGUCCACUUCAAAAGGUUUAUUUGACAUACACAACAGGCUCAAAGUAAAACAUAACAGACUAACUUUAUUAUGUGUUGGUAUCUGAUAGAUAUUUUGUUUUAGUUUCAGUGACUUUUAUAUUUUGAGCUCCAUGUUGUGGCUUUUCUUUAAUGACGCACAGCAGCAGUUCCCCUUCGUAACGGCACAUUGGUUUCUGUUCCAUUUCAGGAUGAAUCAUCUAAAGAACUGUAUUAAAGGAUGUUGUCAUACGUUGUGUGAGGAUGUGAAUUGUUGACAUAAUGACAUCAGAGGAGAAGCACUUCAUUCGGUCACUACGUACUUGUAACUUUCUAUGAGCCAAGUUAAAUCUUCUGUUUCUUUAUUUAUUUCAUGCCUUAUAGAACCGUUUCAUGUUUGUGUGACGCAUUUUUCUAGUGAAGAUCUUACAUUUCUUGGUCUUUAUUUUAUUAAACUCAUUGAAAUCUG